AGACACUAGACUGUGCAUUUUGUGGUUGUGCAUGAGAUGACAGUGAUGUGACAGCUAUGUUUUUGUUUUUUUAAAUAAAAUUUAAAUUUUUAUUUCAACAUGUUACAAAAUUUUAUUUUAAAAGGAUUUCAAGUUAAACUACCCAGCAGGACGAAGAUCUUAAAUAAAUUAACGAUUUACAACCGACCUUGCAGACACUGUGGGUCCAGGUUAUAUUCUAGUCAGAAAAUUCAAGUUUUACAUUGUAAUCUUGAAAGAAAAACCCUUAGUAAAACCAAUAUUUUCACUGUGAAAACUAGACGCUAUACCAGUGAAGUUGACGCUCAAAAGAAAAAUGGACAGAUCGAAACUCUAAAAGAUAAAACUGUGAUAGCAACUAAUGUAAAACUAAAAUCAUCAGAGUUAAGAAGAUUAUUCAGUCUAGCUGGUCCUGAAAAAUGGACUCUUACAGGUGCUAUUGGUUUUCUUAUCAUAUCAUCAAGUGUGACCAUGGCAGUACCAUUUUCACUUGGGAAAGUUUUAGACAUUAUUUAUGAUACAACCAGUGAUUUGGGGGCUGCAAGAGAGAAACUUGACUCUUUGUGUCUAAUGCUCUGUGGGGUGUUUCUUCUUGGAGGAUUGUGCAACUUUGGCAGGGUUUAUUUAAUGUCAAUAUCAGGACAAAGAAUGACACAGUCCCUCCGUAAGCAAGUGUUUGGUGCAAUAAUGCGCCAAGAAACACAAUGGUUUAGUAAAAAUUCAACUGGAGAACUUGUAAAUAGAUUAUCUGCAGACACUCAACUGGUUGGGCGAAAUCUAAGCCAAAAUGUUAGUGAUGGAUUAAGAUCUUUUCUUAUGGUGGGCGCUGGAACUGGCAUGAUGUUCUAUAUGUCACCGUCGCUAGCUUUAAUUGGUUUGUGUGUGGUACCUCCGGUAUCCGUACUAGCUGUUAUUUAUGGACGAUUCGUUCGAAGUAUUACUAGACAAUUACAGGAUACACUUGCUGAUACAAGUGAGUUAGCCGAGGAAAAAAUAUCAAAUAUAAAAACAGUGAAGGCAUUUAGUAAAGAGAAGAGAGAAUGCGAAUCGUAUGCGCAAAGAAUAGAGAAUAUAUUGACAUUAGCCUAUAAGGAGUCGUUGGCUGUGGGGAGUUUUUAUGGAUUGACGGGUCUAUCUGGCAACACAAUAAUAAUCCUAGUACUUUACUAUGGGGGUGGUAUGGUGGCCACAGAGCAACUAACAGUGGGUAAUUUGACGUCGUUCUUACUCUAUGCGGCAUAUGUGGGCAUAAGUAUUGGUGGACUUAGCAGUUUCUAUACAGAGAUGAAUAAGGGAAUUGGUGCUGCGACACGGCUUUGGGAAAUUGUGGAUCGGGAGCCGAAAAUACCAGUUUCCGGCGGUCUCAGACCAGUGGAUCGUCCUCAUGGCGAAAUAAUAUUAGAAAACGUAACAUAUAAUUACGGUGGGGCGCCAUUGCUGAAGGGUUUGAACCUGCAUCUCCAUCCGGGGAAGUCGGUGGCUCUUGUGGGGAGAUCAGGGUGCGGAAAGAGCACCAUCGCCUCUCUCAUAUUGAGGCUGUAUGACCCUGAGAAUGGGAGGAUCCUCUUAGAUGGUCGUGAUAUAAGGGAUUUGGAUCCUGUGUGGUUGAGGAGUCAUCUUGGUUUUGUCAGUCAGGAACCGGUACUAUUUACUGGAUCGAUAAAGGAAAACAUUCUGUAUGGCCUGGAUGAGGAAUCAACACUGGAGGAAAAUGAUAAGGAGGCGUCAUGGCUCCAAGCAGCAAAAGCUGCUCAGCUGCAAGAGCUGGCGAACCAGAGCAGAGCGGGUUGGGAUAGGCAGGUGGGAGCGGGGGGCUCCGAGCUCAGCGGCGGGCAGAAGCAGAGGGUGGCCAUCGCAAGGGCUAUUGUUAAGAAUCCAAAAAUCCUCAUCCUAGAUGAAGCUACCUCAGCAUUAGAUACCUAUUCCGAAUAUUUAGUCGACAAAGCAUUGAAAGAGAUAAGCAGAGAGCGCACAGUACUGACGAUAGCACAUCGACUUAGUACCAUUCAGUCUGCGGACGAGGUCGCGGUGAUAGGCAACGGCGUGAUCGUGGAAAAGGGCUCCUACAAGGAAUUAAUGGAGAAGCCGAACGGAUAUUUCAGAGAGCUCAUCACGCAUCAGACAUUUAUGAAGCCUAAAGAAAAAAGUUAACCUAAAUUAUGGAGUAAUUGUGACGGCAUGACGUUUCAAUUGACAUUUUUCUUAUCGGUUUCGAGACAAGGCAUGGCUUCUAGUUAGUUAAAAGAAUAAAGUAAAAAAAUAUUAAUUAUCUGUGCUAAUUCUGAUGUUAUAUUUAAAUUAUUGAAAUGUUUUAUUGUUUAGAAUAAUUUAAUUUAAAUAAUAAAAGAUCGACUAUUGACAAACCACAACUUAUUAUGUAUUUUUAUAGUAUGCAAUAUAUUUAUAAUAACAAUCAAUAAUUUUAUAAUAAUAAUAGCAGUUUUUAGAUUGGUUUGGGUUUAAAAGUUUGUUGACUUAUAUAUUGAUUACAUCAGAACUAGCACCAGUUAUGACAGUUAUUCAUAAAAACUAAAUCAGUUUAAUAACACUGGUUUUUUUUGUUACUAUGAUUAAAUACCUGUUUUAUUGCAAUUUCACAUAAA